UCUGUGAAGAAACGAUCAGCAUCCGCCAACGCGGAAUGAGCGGUUAGCUUCCUCAGCCGAGACGGGUUAGACUUCAACACAGUUAAUAAUGACAACUUACAGCAUUUGACUAUCAAAGAGACUGUCUAAAAGAGCAAAUAUUACUAGCUAAAGAGUUUAAUCAUCUGUAUUGCCGACCCGAGCCUUCCAUUUUCACCCUGCGGUGGUUCGAGUUAGCAUUAGCAGCUAACAACCCUCUAAAGCAAAGCGUGUAUUUUUCUCUCCACGAAUUUAAGUGCAUUUUUGGAAACUAUAUAUGCUGGUGUGACAUUUUAAAACAUCUGCAUUUUUAUAGUCCGUCCCUUGAAAUUGCGUGUGACAAAGAGAGGGCUAUUUUAAAAGCGAAAGAGCGUGUUAACUGAAGUUUCAGAGUCUGGGUUAGAUCAAAACACCAGGAUGUCUGAUUUUGAUGAAUUCGAGAGACAGCUAUCUGAAAACAAACAAGGUGACAGUCUAAACGGUCAUGAGCGGGACAAAGAGAACCGGCACCGGCGCCGCAGCCCUUCACGCAGCCGCAGUCGAGAGAGGAAGAGGAGGAGCAGAGAGAGAAGAAGCAGGGAACGCCGCAGCGACAGCAAGGACCGCCGCCAUAGACGCAGUGAUCAAAUUCAGAACCAUCCCCAAGAAAACGUCAGCCGUUCACCUCAACGGGAGAAAAAGAAGAAAAUUAAGAAGUACUGGGAUGUACCGCCUCCUGGCUUUGAGCAUAUUACACCUAUGCAGUACAAGGCAAUGCAAGCUGCUGGUCAGAUCCCUGCCACCGCUUUGCUGCCCACCAUGACGCCAGACGGCCUGGCAGUAACGCCGACCCCGGUGCCCGUAGUGGGCAGUCAGAUGACUCGCCAGGCCCGCAGACUUUACGUUGGCAAUAUCCCAUUUGGCAUCACAGAGGAAUCCAUGAUGGACUUCUUCAAUGCCCAGAUGAGACUUGGUGGUCUGACUCAGGCCCCAGGAAACCCUGUUCUUGCCGUCCAGAUUAACCAGGACAAGAACUUUGCUUUCCUUGAGUUCCGAUCAGUGGAUGAGACCACACAGGCCAUGGCGUUUGAUGGCAUCAUCUUCCAGGGGCAGAGUUUAAAGAUUCGCCGGCCACAUGAUUAUCAGCCAUUACCUGGCAUGAGCGAGAACCCCAGCGUAUAUGUGCCGGGUGUGGUGUCCACUGUUGUACCAGACUCUAUUCACAAGCUUUUCAUUGGAGGUUUGCCCAACUAUCUCAACGACGACCAGGACAGAUUGUUUGAACACCAGGUUAAAGAGUUGUUAACCUCUUUUGGACCUCUCAAAGCCUUCAAUUUGGUUAAGGACAGCGCUACCGGCCUCUCAAAGGGCUAUGCUUUCUGUGAAUAUGUGGAUGUUAACAUCAAUGAUCAGGCUAUUGCGGGAUUGAAUGGUAUGCAGUUAGCGGAUAAGAAGCUGCUGGUUCAGAGGGCAAGUGUUGGGGCCAAGAAUGCCACAAUGACGAGUAUAAAUGAGACUCCGGUGACGUUGCAAGUACCGGGGAUGAUGGCAAACUCCAUGAUGCAGAUGGGCGGCAUCCCUACCGAAGUCCUGUGCCUGAUGAACAUGGUGGCUCCAGAGGAGCUCCUGGACGACGAGGAGUACGAGGAAAUAGUGGAGGACGUCAAGGAGGAGUGCUCCAAAUAUGGCCAGGUCAAGAGCAUAGAGAUUCCUCGGCCUGUUGAUGGCCUUGAUAUCCCUGGAACCGGCAAGAUCUUUGUGGAGUUCACAUCCGUCUACGACUCCCAGAAAGCCAUGCAGGGCUUAACGGGGAGAAAGUUCGCCAACAGAGUGGUGGUGACCAAGUACUGCGAUCCAGAUGCCUACCACCGCCGAGACUUCUGGUAGAGGAAGAGAGCGAAGAGAAAUGGAACGGAGUCCAGCUUUGCGAUAACAACUCGUAUAAAAAGAGAGAAAUUGAGGCAGAGAUGACAGGGGGAACAGUUUUUUUUUCUGUUUAUGCUUAAAAAAAGCCAAAAGGUGAAUGUUGUGUUUUUUUGUUUUUGUUUUUCUUUUGUUUUGAGGCUUAAAUUAAAAGAUGAUUUGUGAGCAAUUAUGGGAGGGUUUCUGCUUUUGUUUGUAUUUUAAGAUUAUUAGCGGGAGAUAUUCUGUUAUACUGAUUAUACUUAUUCUGUUAAUAAAAUUGUUACUAUUUUUUAAUUGUACACUGAAACAAAUGAUGUAAAAUCGUGAUUGUUGACCAUCAGAGAAGAUGAAAGAACUAUUGAUGCCCAACCAAAUGCGGAGAUUUGUUCAUAAUUGCUGGAUAAUUCAAAUGAAGACGUUCACUUACCUUGUUUUUAUCUCUUUUUAUUCCUCAAUUGAAUUGUAUCCCUUCUCAGAAGUCACUUGUCUUCUCUGUUGGCCAGCUCACCACAUCUCCCUCCCAUUUUGUAGCUUUUUGCAGUUCAUAUCUCCUGGUAUUAGAUCUUGUUUUUGUCUGUUUUGUUCUUACACUUACUGGGUCUCUUCCAUACAUAUCACCAAACGAUUAGAUGGUGAUGACAUUUGUCCAAUGUGGCACCUUUUCUGUUUCUGUACGUGUGAUGUCUUUUUUUUUUUUUUUUUUUCUCAGUAUAAUAGGCCACUUUUGAUAAUAAAACUCUUGGAAGUAUGAUCCGUUGUCGAUCUGUCCGUCUGGUUGUCAAUUGGUUUGAAAGACUCUGCAUGCUUCUCUGUUAAGAAGCGAUAUGUAGCAUUUUUGUAGUUUGUGGCUGAUCAGGUGGUUAUUCUAUAGACAAAACUGGUAUUUUCUUUAUCUCCAGGGCUGAAUAUACAUCAUUGUUCCUUCUGCACAUCAACUAGAUUAUCUCUGUACAAUAUUAUUUUGAAUAUUUUUGUUGCUUAUUGCUUCGUACUGCACACUACCAGGCUUGAUUUAUUAAAAUAGUACUAGGAACAUCUUUAGUGCUACAAACGCUAAUAUCUGAAAUCAGUAGGUUUAAAAUGAUGUGCCGUAAGUGUCUAUAAUCAUGACAGAUUUCCGAAUGUUUCCCAUUUAAGGACUAUUUAGUGUCUAGUUAAUUUGCUUGUGAAGGUAAUUUCCUCAUUAUAGUCUUUUAGCUUCUGUUAUAGAAGAUCAGAUUGAGCUGGGAUGCCGUGGAAGAACUGAUAGUUGUGUUGAACUGGUUUUAUGAGGUCUUUUUGUCAAUCCAAACCAAAGUUAAUCACUUAUUUCUCCCUCUCUUUCUCUGUCAAAUUAAGGACUUAAUCACUGCCGUGCAGCAACAUGCUGCAAACACUUUUCUAUUGGUGUGUUCGAUUUAAAACCAGUUUGUAUGCUGUUGUUUAGUUCAGAUCUAGCCUUAUCAUGUUCAUUGUGGUGAGAACAUCGAGAUGUGUGGUAACAAACACUGUAAGACUCAUGGUAGAAAACGAAUAGGCCUGUUGUGUGUUUUCAUGUUGACUCGGUCAGUUCAUAAUGUGUUUCCAUCUCAUUCUCUGUUCAUUGAAUAUUUUUGGUAAUGUCUUGAUUUUCUUAUGUAAACAGUAGUAAAAGGCUUUUACAACAUUUGACUUUUAAUGGAAUGGUCUUUGAAGAUGCUUUUUUUCUUAUGCAUUUAAAAAAAACCAUCAAACAGCAUCUUAUUUGAGGAAGUUGUUGAUUUUUUUUUCUUCAAAUUAUUUCAAAAUAACAGCAUAAAUCAUUGGCAAAUGAAAGUGCACUGGAUUGUCCAUAUAAAUAUCACUUAAAACAGUU